AUGAGUUCAGACACCUCGGAACCGGUGCUCCUGGAGAAGCCAAACGAGGAAGGCACACCUCGUCCAUCCCCAUUGUCCCGUCAAUCGACUCUCACGCCUAAGAAGUGCUGGAUCUGCAUAUGUGACGCGACAGAAGAUGAUCCCACGAACCCCCCUACCUGGCGGACGCCUUGUGCCUGCAACCUCACCGCGCAUGAAGCCUGCCUCCUCGACUGGGUCGCCGACCUAGAAAACCCCAAGAAAAAAGACCGUCCACGCGAUGGCGUGAUAAGGUGCCCCCAAUGCAAGACCGAAAUCAAGAUCACGCGACCCAAGAGCUAUAUCCUAGAAUUUACCAAAGCCUUAGAUCGCGGUCUGGCUCUCGCCAUCUAUCCGGGUUUGGGCACAGCUGCUCUCGGUACGAUAUUUGCAGGCUGCUGGCUGCACGGCUUCAUGUCCGUCUACGUAUUCUUCGGUCCCGACCAUGCCGUAAGAAUAUUUAAUAACGCUACGAAUCAUCAGCGUCUCGCUUAUGGCCUUGUCCCCAUCAACCUCAUCUUCUCUCGCACCAACUUCGCCGACUCCGUACUCACCGUCGGAACCUUUUUCCUUUUAUCUACUCAAAUUGACCCUAAUCGAUUCGAGAUUGAUAUGACAUUGUGGCCACCCCUCCCAUCAACGGUCUUCAUCUGCCUACCAGCCAUCCGGAGAGCUUACAAUUGGCUUUACUUCAAGACAUUCGCCGAUCUCAAUCGCAAAUGGCUAGAAGCUGUACAACCUGCAUCUAUUCAACCUGUGGAAGGUCAAGAGCAGAACCUGGCUGACUUGGCCAACCAAAAUGACCCCGUGGACGGCGAGAUGGUUUUUGAACUUGAGGUUCGUAUCGGCGAGGACGAGGACAACGAUAAUGAGGAAGAUGAACACGUCCCAGCAGCCGAUGAUGGUGCCCAGCAGGGUGAAGGUCCAGGUGCUGCCAACAACGGCAACGACAACGGCAAUGGCAACGCUCAUGUUCACCACCAAGUGCAAGAGAUCGUAGAGGGCAUAGGAAUCAGCACUACAAUCCUCGGUGCCUUGGUCUUUCCGACCGUCGCCGCCGGUAUGGGCCGUUUACUCACUUACGCUCUACCAAAGUCAUGGAUGUCCAACGCGAACAUGAUGAACGGUCGGCCGGGUCUGCUGAGAGAUCAGUGGGGGAGGAGUGUUGUGGGAGGUGCCAUCUUUAUUGUGUUGAAGGAUGCUUUACUGCUGUACAGCAGAUGGAAACGAGCACAGACGCACAAGAUGAGAAGCAUAGUAGAUUACGACAAGAAAGCGCAGAAGUAUUUGAUGUAG